UAUAUACACGAUAAAAUGUUAUAUUAGUACACAAAUUAUUUUAAAUUUGAAAUUCAAGAAAAAAUAUAUGAAAGUAUUGUACAAUAUCCAGUGUAUAUAUAUAUAUGUAACUUGAACUUUAUUUUUAGUUUUUAUAAUGUAUUAAGUUUGCAGUUAAAAUGGGAGUAACUAUCUUACAGCAAUUCCCUAUGAAAGAAAACCGUACUGGAGCACAGAUAAUUGAGUUUCUAACGAAACGAGUAAAUGCUUUAGGUGCUAAACAGUGUGGAACAUUUUUAGUCGAUUGUGAAACUUACGUAUCCAUUCCUCAAUUGGGAGUUCAACGUACUUUACAUGUCUUUCAUAAUUCAGAACAACCAGCAUCUGUAUUUGCAAUUUUAGAUAAUGGAACAGGCAAAUCAGUACCAGUUGUAGCUGAUGCUCUCUUUGAUUUAUUAUUAUUAAAAAUGUCUUCAGUGUAUACUUCUAAGAAGUCCAAAGUAGAAAUAAGAGGUCCACGGUUUGAAUUAAAUGAUUUCGUAAUUAAAUUUGGGGCCGUCAAUAUAAAUCAUAAUGUGAAAGGAAUUAUUGUAGAAGUUGAAUAUAGGCCUUGUGUAGUUUUUGGAUUAUGUUGGGAUAUGCUCAGAGAAUUUUUACAAGGAUUUUUAGGAUCAUGUGUAUCAAAUGUAACUCCUCACUACUUUCAGCUACCGCUGUAAGAAUAGUUACAGAAUUGAAUGUUAAAGGAAGAAGAGGUAAAGAAAGACUAAAAAAGGGAUGUUAUUGAUUGCAAUAUGAGGAUGGCUUAUGUGAGCAUAAAUGAUGUGGAAGUUUGUGUCAAUUGGAAGUUUAGGAUAAGGGUGGCCGACCCCAAGUAGUUGAGAAUAAGACAAAGAAAUUGAAGAAGAUACCUAAAAUGUUAUCAUGUAAUUAUUUUCAUUAAGAUGGUAUCUAUUGUCCAUAUUGCUUAUUAGCAAAAAUAGUAAUACAACUUUUAUUGACUUAAAACUUUGAGUUUUUUUAUGUUAGAAUAAAAAUUAAAAAU